GCUGACGGUGCGCGUGACACUCGUUGCUGUCACUUCCUAUCGAACAGAGACGCGCGGGUUCGAGAAAAAGUAUGUGAAUUAACGGGUGUCGGGGUGUGAUUUUCGGGCGACAUGCCAUCCAAUAAGAGUGUGUCUGAUGCCCCAAUCACCCAGUUUGUGAACUGUAGGAUCCUAAAGGACCACAGACUGCAAAGGGAAGACCUGUGGGUUCGGAAGGGCAAGAUUUUAAACCCUGAGAAGCUGUUCUUUGAUGAAGAAGGUUUUGCGGAUCACAAAGUUGACUGUGGGAAUAAAAUCAUUGCACCGGGGUUCAUAGAUGUUCAGUUAAAUGGUGGAUAUGGCAUCGACUUCUCCCAGGCCAGUGAUGACAUCAGAGGGGGCGUGGCUUUGGUGGCCAAAAAGAUUCUAGAACAUGGCGUGACCUCGUUCUGCCCCACCCUCGUCACAUCUCCAACAGUCAUAUAUCACAAGGUCAUCCCAGAGAUCAGAGUUCAGGAUGGUGGACCUGAAGGGGCAGGAGUUUUGGGUCUUCACCUGGAGGGGCCGUUCAUCAGCGAAGAGAAGAAAGGCGCCCAUCCUACUCAGUUCCUCCGCACUUUUAACGCCGGGGGUGUGGCUGACCUCACGGAGACGUAUGGGCACCUGGAGAAUGUCGCUAUGGUAACACUUGCCCCAGAAUUGGCCAAUAGUGGAGCAGCAAUCCGUGAACUGGCAGGAAGGGGCAUAACCGUGUCAGUAGGUCAUUCUAUGGCUGAUCUCUCUCAGGCUGAAGAGGCCGUGCAGAACGGAGCCUCGUUCAUUACACAUUUAUUUAAUGCCAUGUUGCCUUUUCAUCACCGAGACCCGGGCAUUGUGGGAUUGCUCACGAGUGACCGCAUACCGCCCAGCCAGAUGGUUUACUACGGUAUGAUCGCAGACGGGAUACACACACACCCUGCUGCCCUGCGUAUCGCCCACAGAGCCCAUCCCGCAGGUUUAGUGUUGGUCACAGAUGCCGUGACAGCGAUGGGUCUUCCACCCGGUCGACACACACUGGGCCAACAGCAGAUUGACAUCCAGGGCCUUCAUGCAUAUGUGGCAGGCACCACGACUUUAAGUGGCAGUAUUGCGACAAUGGACAUGUGUGUUAGACACUUCAGAGAGGCAUCAGGCUGUACUGUAGAAGCCGCAUUAGAAGCUGCAUCUCUGCAUCCCGCUCAGCUGCUGGGCAUCAGUCACAAAAAGGGAACGCUGGAGUAUGGCACAGAUGCAGAUUUUGUAGUGCUCGAUGACGCUCUGACAGUCAGAGAAACCUACAUAGCUGGACAGCAGGUCUGGAGCUAGAGACAUCAUCUAAAAUGAUUUAUUUUUCUCGAUUUGCAAGUUUGCGUCCCUGCAUGAGAAAUCUACAUUCAUUCAGGCAGUAUUAUGACACUUUUUGGUCAUGUAGCUGCUGAAGAGCCAUAAACAUGAUCACAUAGUGUGUCUGUCGCUGCAAAGCUCAGGAUGUUGGUGACCAAUCUAACCUGUUCAACUGUUAAACUACAUAGGGUCCAGUUAUUUCAAUGAUGAAAUAUAAUGAU